UUUCGUUUUGUUUGGGUUGUUUAGGUCUAGACUUAACGAUGUCCUUAUCUUCCCCAAUGCCUUUACUGUAUUAAUGAGUUAAUUGUAUAUUAAUAAUGCAUUCAUGCAUAACUGUGACGAAACUUCCAACCUAGCACGCGUCGUCUGUGGGCCGUGGUCUCAUGUAUCGUUUUAGUGUCAGUUUUCAGAGGGGAUACAGGAUGUUAAAUUAAGUCCCAGUGUUGACCGUACCCGGCUCUAGUAUAGUACCCGACAGUUGUCCCCGGGGAGCUGUGAUCUUCACUUGUUGACCCCAUCGAUAUGACGGGCCGUGGUUUCUCUAUUCUGUUGGUACUUUUGUCUCUAUUUAAAGGUUGCCAAUGUGACAAUUACACUGUUACAGGGCUAGUGGUUUCCUCCGCAUGCGCAGUGACAUUCUUCAUCGCCAUCGUCAUCGUUUCUGUGUUCUUUUCAGUGUGGGCCAAUUUCUUGAGGCGGUAUUAUAGAAAACGUGGAAUUACCAAAUUGCCUCGGGUGGAGUAUAUUAGGAGGCGGACCCGCAGUGCCAAAGCUACUCUGUCCAGACAACAGGACCUAGAGUUACAGAUCCAGGCUCAGCAGAGACUCAGACCCAAGCUGCCCAACACUUGGAGGGCGGGUGAUGGACAACUUAACCAACCGUCUCCACAAAAACAACAAAAUGGUGAAUUAUCCAUGGUGAAUCCAACAUUUACGACGAGCGGUGAUUUUAUCUUUGGAAUGGAGGAUGGGGAGGGAGACGAAACCGUCACUGACAUCUACUCCGUCCCGGUCAAGGUCCGCAAUAUCGACAGCGUGACCGAUUUACCGGUGGAUCCCGAGAGGCGGACUCCCCGCUCAAGUCAUCAGGCCAACCCGGGGGAGAUGGUUGAAAUUCCUCUAAAUGAGGACGAGAAAUCCACUCAUUUCUGAUACAAUCUUGACAGCCCUGAGUCCGGGCGUCAAGGGGUGACACCAUCCUUGUUCGCGGGGUCAGUGACUUGUGUCGGACAACAUCAUUACAUGCCCGAUAUUGCCAUAAUACCUAGGGACCGGUUUUCUUGGCGUCCAAAUUGUGUAUCCAUGUACAAACUUCUACUAUCCAUUUUAUCCCAAACACAUAAAGCGAGGAAACCUCGAACUUUGCAUCUUUAUUGCAUAUUCACUUCUGGAGACUUCAUGGAAGUAAUGAAAUAACUUGACACACCCUGUGCAAUUUAUUUUUUCGUUUUUUUUUCUUUUCAGUAAUGUUGAUAUUAUUUCAUUCCUUUUUUUAGAUGUUUGAUUCUCUUGUUAUAAAUUUGAAUUUUCGCAACAAAGCCAAGUGGUAUCUUAUUUUACCGAAUCUCCCCGCGCAGAGACAUAAAACUAAUCUGUAUACAGGUAUGUAAAUUUUGUUGCUGACAAAGGCAAAUUAUAAAAACCAAAGGAAGUAAAUCUAAUGACAACAUAACUGAUAUCUUUGACAUUGAUAGUGCCGUUUUACAAGACAAAUUGCUUGAAGGCGAACACUACGAUUUACGAUCUGAUUUUGAACAAGGUUUGGAAUCAUUUGAUGCUUUUUGUCUGAAGAAUAAGAAUUUGUUUAAUUUGAUAAAUUUUUUAUACAUCAUUAAUUUGAUCAUCAAAAUUUGAAAUAAUAAGAUACACCGUUCAAAACUUG